ACGCCGCUCUGGGGCGGGUGCCCCAGAAUGGAGCGGCUGGAUCCCCCACCAGGCACAGCGGUGGGGCAGGAGGAGCAGGAACUGCGCGAGCGGGCCUUCUUCUCGUGGGCCGAAUUCAGCCGCUUCUUCGACGCAUGGUGUCAGCAGCGGCUGGCGCUCUUCUUCGUCAAGAGCUCCAUGCACCUGGCGCGCUGCCGCUGGGCCAGCGCGCCUCCGCUCUACACGCUCAUCGAUGUGCUCAAGUACAGCUAUGUGCGGCUCGUGUGCAAGGACGUGCGCGCGCCCAGCCGGCCCGCCGUGGGGCCCCCCCAGCCAGGCUGUCCGGCCUUCAUCAUCGUCAAGCUGAGCCCGCUGCGGGACCGCCUCGUGGUGACCGAGUGCCAGCUGACCCACUCGCACCCCGCCUGCCCGCUCGAGUUCGCCUACUACUUCCGCCCGGGCCACCUGCUAGCCAACGCCUGCCUACCGGUGCGCACCACCAACAAGAUCUCCAAGCAGUUCGUGGCCCUGGCCGACGUGCGCCGUCUGCUCUCCUACUGCAAAGGCCGCGACCACGGCGUCCUAGACGCUCUCCACGUGCUUGAGGGGCUCUUCCGCACGGACCCCGAGGCCAAGCUGCGCGCGCACGGCCCGGCCGCCUUCGUCGACUACUUCGAGCGCAACUGGGCGCCGCGCCGCGACAUGUGGGUCCGCUUCCGCGCCUUCGAGGCGGCCCGCGACCUGGACGCGUGCGCCCUGGUGCGCAGCCACCGCCGGCGCCUGCUGCGCCGCCUCAGCCCGUCGCGCAGCGUGGCGCAGUGCCUCCGUGACCUGGUGGCCAUGCAGUGGGCUGACGCGACCGGGGAGGCAGCGCCCGAGGGUCCCGACGGCGGGGGGCCGUGGCUGGAGGGCGAGCCGAGGAGAGGGGCUCAGGUGGAGAGCGAGAGGACGAAGGGCCUGGGGACGGGGGACGGGGGAGGGGCCCCAUUGGAGAAGGAGUGGGUGAGAGAACUGGAGACCAGAGGCGGAGGAGGGGCCCAGUUAGAAAGUGAGAAGGGGAGGGGAUUGCACCUCAGAGAUUGGAGGGGGCUCCAGUUGGAGACCCCCAAGGUGAGAGGACUGGAAGGGAGUGUCUGGAGAGCAGCCUCGCUAGAGAAUGAGCGCAUGAGAGGGCCCGAGAUCAGAGACUGGAGGGGGGGCCCGUUGGGGGAUGAGAAAGAUUGGGGACUGGAAGGUUAUGUCUGGAGAGGGGCCCAGCUGGAGGAGCAGGGGCUAAGAGGGCUGGAAGAGUAUGCCUGGAGGAUGGCCCAGUUGGAGGAGCGAAGGAUCAGGGUGCUGGAGAGCACAGACCACAGGGGGAACCCAUGUGAGAGGGCCAGGAAUCUAGAGGGGAGCACCUGGAGGGGAGCCCAGUUGCAGGAUGAAAGGGCCAGUGGCCUGAAAACCAGAGACUGGAAGGGGCUGCAGCUGGAAGGGGAGAAGGGGAGGGCGCUGGAGGUCCAAAACUGGAGGGGAGUUCAUUUGGAAAAGCCUCAGGAGCUGGUCCCUGAGAACGGAGACCAAAGGGGCCCCAAGUGGGGAGAUGAGAGGGGGAGAGGGCCAGAGAUUGGAGAAGAGAGGGGAGUGCGACUGGGGGUCAAAAGAAGAAGGGGCCUGGAGGACAUCGUUCUGGUCCAGCUAGGGGACACAAGGGUUCCAGGCCUGGAGAAUGGAGAUGAAGGAGAAGCCUGGCCUAUGGACCCCAACAGCCGAGCAGGACAAGGAAUGGGGUGGGGGGACACAGGAGGGGGGCAUCCAGGGCUGGGGAAUGGAGUCAUGUGUGGCACGCCUGUGGGGGCUGUGUUUGAGGGGGAUCCCGAAUGGGCAGUGACGAGGAGAGUGUACCAGGCCGCGGGGGAAAGCCUGCCAGACGGAGGCGAAAGAGAAGGCCCCGGGGAACCAAACAGGCUGUGCCGCCCCUCAGGAGAGGAGGAGGUGGACUGGGAACCCCUGGCCAAAUUCCGAGCAGCCUGCGGGCCAGAGCUGGCUGACCUGGUGGCCGAGGAGCUGACCUUCGCCAGGCAGCACGGGACCCGGGGUUUCCGCUGGACAGGAGCUGGCUUUGCCAUCAAGGACGGUACCUCGGACUUCUUCCUGGACGUAGCCCUAACACGCUGCAGCUGCUCCAUCCACGCUGCCUGGCGUCUGCCUUGCCGCCACCUGUUCGCAGCGCGCCUCCUCACUGGGGCAGCUUUAUUCCACAUGGACCUGCUCAGGGAUUGUUGGGGGACAGCCCCAGAGCCCUAA